AUGUGUCGUGCCGGACGCGCUGGAUGGUUUUUCACUGACGCGGAGGGCUGUUUUAUCGGACGGGAUCUUCAUUUACAGCAGUGUGUUUGUCCAAUCGCAACUUGUGUUUCCACAGCGGGAGGACAUGCCUGUCACUUUACUUCAUCAUUCUUGGUAUUCUGUGGUUUUCUGCUUAUUAUUUGGCUUAUUGCAGUUGGUGCCUAUGCAUAUAUGUCAGGCAUCAUUCGGGAACAUAAAGCCUCCCUGAGGCCAGAGAAAAGCCAUUCUAUGAAUGGUGGUUACUACUUUGAGAAAUUAUUUGGUAACGAAAAACCAGAAACAGCGACUUUGGUAGAAAUGCACAAGUCGUAA